AUGGCGGCGCAGUGCUGCUGCCGCAAGGCGCCCGGCGCCGAGGCCGCGCCCGCCCGCCCGCCGCCCGCGCCGCCGCCCGCGCCGGACGUGGCCUCGGCCUCCAGCGCGCAGCUCUUCCGCCUCCGCCACCUGCAGCUCGGCCUGGAGCUGCGGCCCGAGGCGCGCGAGCUGGCCGGCUGCCUGGUGCUCGAGCUGUGCGCGCGGCGGCCCGCGCCCCCCGCGCUCGUGCUCGACGCGCACCCGGCCCUGCGCCUGCACUCGGCCGCCUUCCGCCGCGCGCCCGCCGCCGGGCCGCCCUGCGCCUUCGCCUUCGCCGCGCCCGGGCCCGGGCCCGCGCCCCCGCCGCCCCCGCUGCCCGCGCUGGCCGACGCGCCGCGCCCGCUGGCCUUCCGCGUGGACCCGUUCACCGACUACGGCUCGUCGCUCACCGUGGCGCUGCCGCCCGCGCUGCCCGCGCACCAGCCCUUCCAGGUCAUCCUGCGCUACACCUCGACGGACGCGCCCGCCAUCUGGUGGCUGGACCCGGAGCUGACCUUCGGCCACGCCAAGCCCUUCGUCUUCACGCAGGGCCACUCUGUGUGCAACCGCUCCUUCUUCCCCUGCUUCGACACGCCUGCCGUCAAGUGUACCUACUCGGCCGUGGUCAAGGCCCCGGCGGGGGUGCAGGUGCUGAUGAGUGCCACGCGGAGCACCUACGUGGAGGAGGAGGGCGUGUACCACUUCCACAUGGAGCACCCCGUGCCCGCCUACCUCGUGGCCCUGGUGGCCGGGGACCUGCAGCCAGCGGACAUCGGGCCCAGGAGCCGCGUGUGGGCUGAGCCGAGCCUCCUGCCCACGGCCACCAGCAAGCUGUCGGGCGCUGUGGAGCAGUGGCUGAGUGCCGCUGAGAGGCUGUACGGGCCCUACAUGUGGGGCAGGUACGACAUCGUGUUCCUGCCGCCCUCCUUCCCCAUCGUGGCCAUGGAGAACCCCUGCCUCACCUUCAUCAUCUCCUCCAUCCUGGAGAGUGACGAGUUCCUGGUCAUCGACGUCAUCCACGAGGUGGCCCACAGCUGGUUCGGCAACGCCGUCACCAACGCCUCGUGGGAGGAGAUGUGGCUGAGCGAGGGUCUGGCCACCUACGCCCAGCGCCGCAUCACCACGGAGACCUACGGUGCUGCCUUCACUUGUCUGGAGACGGCCUUCCGCCUGGACGCCCUGCACAGGCAGAUGAAGCUCCUGGGAGAGGACAGCCCGGUCAGCAAGCUGCAGGUCAAGCUGGAGCCAGGCGUGAACCCCAGCCACCUGAUGAACCUGUUCACCUACGAGAAGGGCUACUGCUUCGUGUACUACCUGUCCCAGCUCUGCGGAGACCCCCAGCGCUUCGACGACUUCCUGCGCGCCUACGUGGACAAGUACAAGUUCACCAGCGUGGUGGCGCAGGACCUGCUGGACUCCUUCCUGAGCUUCUUCCCGGAGCUGAAGGAGCAGAGUGUGGACUGCAGGGCAGGGCUGGAGUUUGAGCGCUGGCUCAACGCCACAGGACCCCCGCUGGCCGAGCCAGACCUGUCUCAGGGGUCCAGCCUGACGCGGCCGGUGGAGACCCUCUUCCAGCUGUGGACGGCGGCACCACUGGACCAGGCGGCUGCCUCAGCCAGCGCCAUCGACAUCUCCAAGUGGAGGACCUUCCAGACAGCGCUGUUCCUGGACCGGCUGCUGGACGGGUCUCCGCUGCCCCAGGAGGUGGUGACGAGCCUGUCUGAGUGCUACUCGGCCCUGCUGGACUCCAUGAACGCUGAGAUCCGCGUCCGCUGGCUACAGGUCGUGGUGCGGAACGACUACUACCCUGAGCUGCACCGAGUGCGGCGCUUCCUGGAGAGCCAGAUGUCCCGCAUGUACACCAUCCCGCUGUACGAGGACCUCAGUACCGGUGCCCUCAAGCCCUUCGCCCUGGAGGUCUUCUACCAGACACGGGGCCAGCUGCACCCCAGCCUGCGCAGGGCCAUCCAGCAGAUCCUGUCCCAGGGCCUGGGCCCCAGCACCGAGCCCCGCACAGAGCCGGGCGGGCCGGGGACCGACACGGAGGCAGAUGCGGCCACGCCAGCCCUGCUGCUUGGGGACGAGGCCCCCGGCGGCACCAUCGCUCUCAGGGACGUCAACGUGUCUGCCUGACCGGACCUCCGGACACCACGAUGUGCCUUCGCGGCCUGGUCGCCGAACCGCGCCCGGCUCUGGCCACCAGUUCCGCCCGGCCCCCACCUUCCCGCGGGCUGUUGGGACCUGCGGAGGCCGCCAGGCCCAAGGGCCACCCCCACUCUUGCACGGCAGAACCCAGGCUGCCAGCACCCGCCAUGCCCUCCUGGCUCAACACUGACCGCUGGGCGCUGCCCGGGCGUUGCCUGCCAUUCUGUGCCUUAAUGUCUGCGUGAGGGAUCCGUGGCUCGUUGCCCCGCAGCUGGCCCCGGUCCCUUCCGCGAGGAGCCGUACCUGGCCCCGGCCAAGGGACAGGGAGGCAGCCCGGCCCUUGGUGUGGGGCGGGGUCACUGAGGACGACAGGUGCACCUCACUGGGCGGGGCCCAAGCCCCAUAGCCUUAGCCCUCAGGGAACGCAGGGACCUGGCCCGAGGAGUGGACAGGACAGCAUCUGGUGACUCGCAGGCGGGCAGCAAUGCCUGGGAAGGGCAGGUGAUGCUGGAGCUCUCCAGGCCCAGCCGCUGAGAAGCCUGGGGACCCUGCCGUCAGGGCUGGCAGCCGGGGCCACUGUGCUGGGGUCACCGUGAUUGUCCUAUUAAACCUCCACUGCAAGUGACCCUGGCCUGUGUGUCCCAACUGGGGGUUUGGCCAAAGGCACGAAUGACCCCAU